UCUAGCGCAAAACAGUCGAAAUUGUCAGCUCGUUGGCAGAGCAUCGCAGUAGCUCUCCUUUAGUUUAACUUUUAGUGCCCACUGGGACCAUAUUUGGAUCCACAAACCUACCGAGGACUUUACACAACAUUUAACAUGGCUAAAAUAUUGAUCAGUGCUUUAUUGUGCGUUGCCAUGUUUGGCUCGAUGGCUGCCGCCGCCGCCGGAGGAUGCCGGGAGGCGAAUGGAACUGCUCCGGUGUCGGGAUCCUGCGACGCCUACAUCGAGUGCAAGAACGGAGUGGCUGAGGAGAAGCUGUGCCCCGACGGCCUGCUGUACAACGAGAAGUCGACGGGCUAUCCCUGCGGCUAUCCCAUCGAUGUGGAAUGUACCCAGGCCCAGAGUCGUCUGCAGGCCCCCCAGCCCACGGAGGAUUGCCCCCACCAGUUUGGAUACUAUCGCAUGGGCGAUGCCAGUCACUGUGGACAGUUCAUGAACUGCGCCGCCGGCAAGGGAUUCGUCUUCGAUUGCCCCGUGGGUCUGGCCUGGAAUCCGGCCACCUACAAGUGCGAUUGGCCCGAUCAGGUGGAGGAUUGCGAUGCCGAGGCCUUCCUGGGUUUCCGCUGCCCGGCACUGACUCCCAAAUCCGCACUGUUGGGCGAGCAGGAGGAGGACUACACCUUCCAUCCGUCGCCGGACAACUGCCAAGUGUACUUCAUCUGCAUCGAGGGACGUCCCCGGCGCAUCGGUUGUGGCGAGGAUCAGGCCUUUAACCAGGAGCUGAAGCAGUGCGACGACAUCGAGAAUGUGCCCAACUGCAGCAGUGACAUCCGCGAGAAGGGUGCCCAGAUCAAGGCCGCUCGUCUUCAUGCCAAGAAGCACUAGGAACCAGGAACCAAGUCAGAAGGAAGCGAUCGCCCGUCCAGUUAUGGAUUCCCAUGCAAACAUGGCCAUUUGGCAUUAAGUUGCUCGAGUUUUCUAGUCUGUAGUUAAAGAUUUUUGGCAAACUGAUUGUUGACAUUUUGCUCGUCGUAAUAAAAAAAAGAAAAAAACACA